GACGACAUUGGUUGUCGAAUCUCACCGAGCGAAGCCGAGAGAAUCAGGAAUCAGCUGACCGCCUCCUGGUCAGCUAUCGUCCGUCUUAGACCAUUUUGUCUUUCUGGAUCCAAGAAAAGGAGCACCUUGUGAUUAAGCCAGCAGAUCACGGAAACAAUGCCGUCGUUGCUCUUCUGCGGGCCAAAGAUGGCCGCAUGCGGCAUUGUGAUAAGCAUCUGGGGGGUCAUUAUGCUGGCUAUGCUGGGAAUUUUCUUCAGCGCCAAGUCAGCUGUGCUCAUUGAGGACGUCCCAUUUACCGAAGAGGACAUUCGCAAUGAUAAAAACCCUCCUCAGAACAUCUACAGUCUGUACAGCCAAGUGGGCAUCAACUGCUUCAUCGCCGCUGCUGUUUAUGUGGCCAUAGGCGCCGUCUCGCUGUGCCAGGUCCGUCUCAACAAACGUCAGGAAUACAUGGUCACAUAAUAAGCCUACCCCCCACUCUCGGAACGACAAGCUGAUUGGCUGAAAACAGCCAGGGAACAAUGUCGCAUUAUUUAUUUUUUGUGUAAAUGUUUGACAUUACAUCAUUCCCCAACCUUGAAAUGAAAUGUUCCACUUAGAAACAUGACAGAAAGUGUGGAUGUCAGUAAGUCGUGCAUUGAAGUGUUCGUGUGCAAAUAAACUUGAGAGAGAAGGAGAAAA